AUGCGCGUCGACUCCGACUUCCCCUUGAUGGAGGGAGUCCCCGCCCAUCGUGCAGCCUGCGGCAUGUUUCCUAUGCGUACACUGGCAUGUGCUCAGUUCCUGCGCGCGGGGGCACAAAGACCCAAAUCCGAUGAUCGCCGAGUGUGCGGAGCGUACAACACGGUAUCGCGGCAGUCGAGUGCGCAGCUUGAAACGAUACAGCCUGACCCGCUCAGUGGUAUUGGGCGAAAAGAACUGGGGGUUGCGAAUGGGGCUGGUUGGCGCGUUGGCAGGUUCCGGUGCGGGUAG